CUGUCUACUCCCCGGCUACAGGCAUCAACUGCAAAUAUGAAGUUCUUCAAGUACUCCACGUGCCCCUGCCGCAGAGAGUCAGGUAAGAGCAGUUGUGUAAGCGCAAUCUCUAUACCAACAGCAGCACCACCAACAGCACCAACAGGGUCCCGCUGCUUUAUCCUGGGUCUCAGCGGAGCCGGAAAGUCCACGUUUCUAUGCAGAAUAAAGACAGGAAAAUUUCAAGAGACACAGCCUACAGAGGACUAUGACGUCCAAGAGAUCCCCUUCUCAAACCAGACCAUAAACUUCACAGAGAUAGCCAGAAGCGACCGCCGCAACUUCCGCCUUCAAUUCCCGCACUUGACACCUCUAUCCCCCAUCGCUCUACUCUUCUUCAUAGACGUUAGUAGAGGAGACCCAGGAGUCAUCAUGGAAUCGUUGGAGGAACUGGUUUACGCAUUGGAGUACGUGAGGAGCAGAGAGUGCCAAGUACGCUAUUUGGGGAUUGUCCUCAACAAGCAGGAUUUGCUCGGUGAUCGCUGGAGGGGGCCACUGCAGGUUGUCGAGGGGGUGAUUUGCGAGACCAUGGAGGGGCUGCUCCCCUGGCAGCAGGUGAAGCAGGAUGCGCAGGAGUUGGUGGUGCCGCUGCGCUGGGAGUUGUUUGGUGACGGGGUCAGUAUGAAGACCGGUGCUGGGGUCGAGCGGAUCUUGAGGAGUGUUGGAGCUGGGAUAAUGACGAAGGAGGAAGCACAGGGAGAGAAGUAGGGGGGGGAACCUGCUAGGGACAAGGCUGCAUGAUAAAAUUACGUGAUUCCUUUUUUCUCUCCGUACGAGUGCUCGAGUACCAGUACAGUACUGGCACCGUAGCCCGUGCGUACUGGUACAGCGGGAAUGUAUGAUACCGCAUAAACUGGUUAAACUGGAA